AUGUCAGCUGCCCGUAAGAACCUGCACGCGACAGGCGGGGGUUCAGCACUGGUGGAGCUGGACAGCGACUGCAUGGAGCAGCCGGCGGUUGAUCAGGCAAACACGACCGCACAGGGAACCGUAGGAUUUCAGGGUCACUCGCUGCUACAGAACCGCUCUGGAGGCCUCGGAAUGGCGUUGGAGGAGGAACUAGCCAUGCUCACCGGGGAGCGGGACGACGAGGAGGAGUUACCUGACCCAGGAGCGCCCACGGUGGGCCACGAUACGGACUUGUUGUCGCUCCUCCGGCAAAAGGAGAAAGACUUGGUUUUAGCUGCAAAACUCGGCAAAGCACUGUUGGAGAGGAACCAAGACCUAACGAAGCAAUAUGAGAAGAUGAACAAAGAUCUUAACGAAAAACUAGAGCACCUGGAGCAGGAGAAGCACGAGCUGCGUCGGCGUCUGGAGCGGCGUGAGGGUGAGUGGGAGUGCCGCGUGGCCGAGCUGGAGACGGACGUCCAGCAGCUGGAGGUGGAGCUGGAGCGCCAGCGGCUGCAUCUGAGGGAGGCGGAGCGGGAGAGGAGCAGUACCGUCGGCCAGCUCUCGGAGCACAACCACCGGCUCCUGGAGCAACUUAGCAGGGCUGCGGAGGUAGAGAGGCAGCUGUCCACUCAGGUCCAUUCUUUACGGGAUGACUUCAGGGAGAAGAGUGUGUCAAGCAGUCAGCACAUGACCCGGCUGGAGAGUCUGCAGGUUGAGCAAGGGUCAGAAAUCACCCUGCUGUCGGAGAGGAAGAUGGAGCUGGAGCGGCGCGUGCACGCCGUGUUGGGGGACAACGAGCUGCUGCAGAACACCAUGGACCACCAGCGGGAGAGGACUCUGAUGCUGGAGAAGCAGUGUCACGAGAAGGACCAGCAGCUGCGUCAGAGUCAGCUGGAGCUGCGAGAGGUCAAGUCGUCCCACAGGCUGCUGAGCGCCCGGCUGGAGGAGCUGGUGGACGAGCGCAGCCUGCAGGGCCUCAGUCACCACCCCUCCAGCCUGCUGUGUGAGAUCGAGCAGAGCAUGGAGCAGGAGGAGCAGGAGCAGGAGAGAGAGCAGCUGCGUGUCCAGCUGUGGGAGGCCUACUGCGAGGUGCGCUCCCUCUGCUCCCACCUGAGGGGAAAUGACCUCACAGACUCGGCCCUCUCCACCGACUCCUCCAUGGACGAGUCGUCAGAGACCUCCUCCGCCAAGGACGUGCCCACGGGGAGCCUCCGCGCUGUCCUGCUGGAGCUCCGCCGGCUCACCCAGAACCUGCUGGACGGCAACGAGUCCACGGGCUCGAGGCGGAGCGACGAGGAGGCUCUGGAGGAGCAGGGGAGGAAGAUGGGGGAGGAGCUUAGGGAAAUCAGGGAUCUGUACGACGCCGAGAGAGACAAGACGAUGUGCGUCGAGGAGGAGCUACUGCGACUACACAACCAGAUGGCGCUGCUCUCUUUGGAGAUGCGCUCCGUCCAGGAGGAGAGCGAGAGAACGAGGGCCAUGUCGGCGGUCCUGGAGCCCAGCGAGCAGCUGCUGACUGCCAUACGGGACCGGGACGACGCCAUAGCCAAGAAGCAGGCUGUGGAGAUGGAACUGGCCAAGUGUAAAAUAGACAUCAUGUCUCUCAACAGCCAGCUGCUGGACGCCAUCCAGCAGAAGCUAAACCUAUCGCAGCAGCUGGAGGCUUGGCAGGACGACAUGCACAGAGUGAUCGACCAGCAGCUGAUGGACAAGCACCAGGACGAGUGGCGGGACGCUCCCAUCGCCGCCUCCAGGGUCCCGGGGUCCAGUGGCGCCGGCCGGUCGCCUUCCUCCUCCUCCUCUUCCUCUUCCUCCAGGAGAUUGCACCGUCGCUCAGAGGAAGACAAGAGGCUCUUCUCUUUCUUUAAGAAGAACUGA